CUCAGGAACAGAAACAGAAACUAUCAUGUUAUGUCUCUUCACGCAUGACGGAACCAGGGUGUUGCGCACCUGUAACCUGACAUCAUCUGCUGAAAGUACCUAAACUUAAUUCCAUCCAGCUCCCAGUUACUGAAGCUACACUUACGGUGCAACAAGAAGAACAGGAAUAUUAAAGAGGGGAUUUGGAGAGAUGGGGACUGCUUGGUUCGCGGUUUUUGGCGCUUUAGUCAUCGUUUUUCAGGUCUCAUCACUAGAAAUAGCUGAGAGGUCGACAUGUGUGCCUGGAUUUGAGUCAGAGCUGUUGAUUUUCAGAGUGUCCAGGGAACACCUGAGGCCGGGCAUGAGACUGGGAAGAGUGGGCUUCACUGACUGCACAAACCGCACAAUAUUUCUUUUCGGCACUGAUGACAAUCGCUUUGGUGUAAAGGCAGAUGGUGGAUUAAUGGUAAACAGAGAAGUUGUUCUUUAUAAUGGACACCACAAUUUCUUCAUCAACUCAUGGGACUCUCAAGGUCAGAAAAUAACAGUUCCAGUCAGGGUAGUUCAUUAUGAGCAUCACCAUGGACACCAUCAUGGUCAUCAAUGUGGAAAGCACCACAAUGGAGACCACAUAGAAUACAGCCAUCAGCAUCACAGUACUGAAGUGAAGUCUGCUGACCACACAGAGAAUACCACUGAUCCACAAGCACAUGCUCUUCAAUUCCCCAAGUCUGUUGGAGGACUGAGGAGGAGGAAGAGAGACUGGGUUAUUCCUCCACUCAAUGUUCCUGAGAAUCAGAGAGGACCCUAUCCCCUAAAAGUAGCUCAGAUCCGCUCUAAUGAAGAUAAAACAAGGAAGCUCUUUUACAGCAUCACUGGUCCAGGAGCUGAUCUGCCUCCUGUUGGUCGUUUCAAAAUGGACAGACAGACUGGCAAUCUGUAUGUAACACAACCACUCAACAGAGAGGAAACAGCCGAGUAUACAUUUGAAGCACAUGCUGUGGUAGAAGGAGCAGGACAAGCUGAGGCUCCUAUGGAGAUUAUAGUACAUGUGAUUGACCAGAACGACAACAAACCUUAUUUUACGACAGAUUACAAAGCAAAUGUUGCUGAGGCCAUGGCCAUUGGGACUGAGGUGGUUAGGGUUGAGGCCAAAGAUGACGAUGAGCCAGAUAAUCUCAACUCAGAUAUCCGCUAUCGUAUUCUGAACCAGGACCCACCCCUGCCCACUGACAACAUGUUUGAAAUCAACCCAAUUACUGGAAGCAUCAGAGUCACUGGUAAAGGACUAGACAGAGAGAAAUAUCCACAGUACACUCUGACAGUACAAGCAGCAGAUAUGGCGGGAGAAGGGUUAUCUGGACAAACAAAAGUCAUCCUCACGGUGACAGACAGCAAUGACAACGCUCCAGUCUUCACUCAGAAGUCUUAUAGUGCGACAGUUGAUGAAAACAAAAAGGAUGUUGAGGUGGUAAAGAUGAUAGUAACAGACGAAGAUGAACCACAAACUCCAGCCUGGAACGCUAUCUUCAAGAUCAUUAGUGGUGAUCCUGAUGGACUUUUCACAGUAAAAACAGGAAAUAACGAAAAUGAAGGAAUCCUUUGUACUGCAAAGGAGCUGGACUUUGAGACGGCCAGCAAGCACACUGUGUUGGUUUCAGUGGAGAAUGAGAUUCCUUUUGCUCCUGGGGUUUCUGUGGUCACUUCUACCGCCACAGUGGUGGUGGAUGUAAAGGAUGUGAAUGAAGCUCCAGUCUUUGAUCCAAAGGAGAAGCUUGUGGUAAAACCAGAGGACCUUGCUGUGGAUGAAGUCGUGGUGCAGUACACCGCUUCAGACCCAGACACUGCACGCAAGCAGAAAGUAGCGUACAAAAUGAUUAAUGACCCUGCAGGCUGGCUGAAUGUGGACAAGGACACAGGCCUUAUUAAAGUGAGAAGACUCAUGGACAGAGAAGCUCCUUUUGUCACAAACAAUAGAUACAUCGCAAACAUUGGUGCAUAUGAUGAUGAUGCAGUCCCAGCUACAGGAACUGGUACUCUGAUCAUUCAGCUGGAAGAUGUCAAUGACAAUGCUCCGUUUAUUGAAGAGCAUGAAAUCACGGUGUGCAAAAAGAAUCCAGCUCCUCAGGUGCUGUCAGUAACAGAUAAAGAUGGACCAGAAUUUGGAGCUCCGUACUCAGUGUCUUUACAGGGCAUGUCAAAGACCAACUGGACAGCUAAGAUGAACGGCUCAAGAACAGGCAUCAUCUUGAAUUUAGCCACUGAGCUGCCCAGUGGAGAUUACAGGGUCAUACUGAGAGUGGCAGACAAGCAUGGCCUGGAGCAGGACAGCAUCAUCAAAGCUGAAGUUUGCGACUGCAAGGGAGCAAAGGCGACAUGCACAGACCGUGGUAUAGGUGGCAGCAACCUGCCCCUUAUCCUCGGAAUACUUGGAGCCAUCCUGCUGCUUGCGCUGGUGCUGCUAAUGCUGCAGUUUGCAAAACGGAGGAAAAAGGACAAAAAGAAGCCACUCCUGCUAGAUGAUAGUGUCAGGGACAACGUCUAUUACUAUGAUGAAGAAGGAGGUGGAGAGGAUGAUCAGGACUAUGACUUGAGUGUUCUCCACCGUGGUCUGGACAACCGGCCUGAGGUGUUAAGAAGUAACGUGGUGCCAAACUUAAUGUCUGCUCCUCAGUACCGGCCUCGGCCCACCAACCCAGAAGACAUGAACAACUUCAUUGAAGAAAACCUAAAGGCUGCAGACAACGACCCAACAGCACCCCCUUAUGACUCCCAGAUGGUAUUUGACCACGAGGGAGGUGGUUCUGAUGCAGGAAGUCUCUCCUCUUUGAACUCUUCAAGUAGUGGAGACCAGAACUAUGACUGCCUCAGUGAGUGGGGCCCUCGCUUCAAGAAACUGGCCAACAUGUACGGAGGAGGAGAUGAUGACGAUAUGCUGUAAUCAUACCACAUGGCAUGGUUGCAUGUUUCAUUUGUGAAAGCAAGCCAGAAAGGGACUUUCAACUACACAUUAGUGUUUUGUUUUGUUUUUUAUAGAUAUAUAUAUGCAUUGUGGUUUACUUUCUCACUGAAAUGCCAUUAGCAGUUAUCGGCCACUGCUCAGAAGCCAAAGGAUGAGUGCUUUUGUUUUGUUGUUUUUGAAUUUCCUGUUUUGAUUGCAUUAGGCUCUGUAUGCCUUUUUUACAUCCCUGUUUGACCUGCAGGCUGAACACAUAAAUACUUUGGUAGUUUUCUGUUGAAUGAGUGCUGGAGCCAUGUGUUGCCUUAUUCUAUAGGGUUUGUAUUUCUGGUAUCUAUCUGUUUAAAAAGUAAAAUGAGAAAUAAUCAGGAUGAAAUUCGUUAUGUUAAAUUUGUUAAAAUUACAUUAAAUUUGUUAGGCAGACAAUCCACAGAUUUAUCUACCUCCGAAACGUAAGUCUGUGAGUCCUCUGAAGGGUUUGCUAGAUUGUUCGGAGGAUGUUAAGGCACGGAUGGCUUUAAACUUUAAUGAACAGAAAGUAGAGGUCAUUGUGUUUGGUCCCUGUGACCACAACAACUUUGGGCCCUUUGAAAUUUAUUUUAAAAAACCCUUUGCGAGGAACCUAGGAGUGAUUUUUGACAGUGCGAUGGCCAAAUCCAUGGCCACACUCUAAAGUCGGUAACUCUUGUGUAUUUUCAUUUCUUAAUUUGAACACAAUAACACAUGUGGAAUUACAGGGAUUAUUUUACAUAACCAUCAUCUUAUCAUUGCAUUAAUUAUCAUUUCAUCAAAGUGUUUAUUGAAGUUGCUGGCAUUAUGUUAUAAUUUAUAUUAUAGGGGUUAUCAUAA